AUGCAGUCUUCAUUCUUCUACUACAACCCAACCCCACAAGAAGAGAACACACGCCAACACGGACACUUCACACCACACCCAUCGGGCCAGUCGACCUUCCAGCCUCAACAGAUGUACUACCAGAGGCCAACAUCAUCGCACUCCCAGAUCUCUUACCCACAAACCGCAUACGCCAACCAGAUGCUGACACCUGUUGCAUCGCCUCAACCCAUGUACCAGAAGCCCACUAUCCUUAUUGAGCCCCAUGGCUCCCCCUACCUGCAGCAUCUCGACACCGACUUUUCUUUCGCACCCGCCACACCGCCUCUCUCAGCAUGCGGGAGCAGCAUCAGCAGCCCGCCUUCGAUUUGCGAGUUCUUGCCAACACCAGUAAAUGGUUUCUUCGCCGGUGAGACCAUCGAGGGCGUAAAGCAAGGCUGUGAGGGUGAGGUUUUCUCUGAGAUUCUGUGCGCUGGAAUUGAGUGGCGCUCAACCACCCCACCCAUGACACCAGUGUUCAUCCAACCGCCUUCGGCUAGCCAGGGAUCGUACCUGUUAUCCGCAACCUCGUGCCCCUCGCUUUCCCCAUCACCUUCGCCCAUUCCACGUUCGUCAUUCGUUGAGGCUGAGGACAACUUCUGCAACCCUCAGGAUCUUACCGUUUGCGGAUCUUCAGAGCUGCCCACACUUUGCCCUAGCGACGAAGAACACAAGAUCAUCUUCAAGGGUGAGGUUGCCAAGAUUGAGCCUGCGCAUUCCUUCGACUUGUCUGGCCUCCCCACUUUCGAGCCCUUGUUUGAGCUUGACUGCGAGGACGACUUCACCGGCCUAGUUCACUUUUCCAACAGCGACAACACCCUUCUGACCAGCAAGCGUCAACGACUUGACCUUGUUGCCUUCACUUCUGAGGAGGACUUCGUCAGCGACGAGAGCUUCACAGAUUUCGAGGAGGAUUUAAUUCACGGCCUUCCCCUCACCCCUGCUGCCAGCGACUACUACUCCGACAACAUGUCGAUCGCAUCCGCACCUAAGAGGCGGUCAACCAAGAAGUCUCGCUCGGAGUAUAGCGAGGCCGAGUCCGAUUACCAGGGUAAGACUCAGACAUCUGGUGAUGACAACACCGCGUCUGGAUCUUCAAGCCAACAUCAUUCAGGUCACGAGUCAAACGCAGACAACGCCGUCGGCUCCAGCUCUGAUGAGGGCGCUGCAACAUCCACGCAGCCAACCAGCCGUCGCGGCCGUAAGCAGUCAUUGACUGAUGACCCAUCCAAGACCUUCGUCUGCACUCUUUGCUCACGCCGCUUCCGCCGCCAGGAGCACCUCAAGCGCCACGUCCGUUCCCUUCACACUCACGAGAAGCCAUUUGAGUGCACAGACUGUGGCAAGACGUUUUCCCGCAGCGACAACCUGUCCCAGCACCAGCGCACUCACGGCACCGGUGCCAUCGUCAUGGGUGUGUUGGAUAGCUCCGAGCUUCACCAGGGUGCUUACGACAACCAAGACCCUGCUAUGAUGGGUCGCGUCCUUUACGAGGCUGCUGCUGGCAUCUCAAGCUCAAGCUCUGACACCUACUCCGACCUUGAGUCUUCGCCUUCGAAGAUGCGCAACAAGAGGAAGCGUGACGAGUAG